AUUGCUUCAAUAAGCGAUGAAAUAAAGUCAUACUACUCACAAAUUAUCAAUUUAUGUCCUAAGCCUGCAUGUCAUAUGAGUAGUAGUGACAGUGAUUCUAGCGAAACGUGUUCGAAUCCUGAACUAAAAAUGGAGUUCGAUUUGAAAACAGCAUGUAGUUUAAUUCCUGUUAUGAAUAAUAACGAAAACAGCAUUAAAGGUAUCAUUGACUCUAUAGAAAUGUAUUUGGAUAUGUUGUCAUCAUCAGGUCAAAAAUUACUAAUUACAUUUGUUUUAAAAAGUAGACUGUCACAGAAUGCUAAAUUACGAAUGUUACCCGAAUACAGUUCUACAAAAAACUUAAUUAAGGAUUUAAAAAACAAAUUAUUGGUAAAGAAAAGUCCUACCGCAAUACAAUCACGGCUACAAACUGUAUCUCAAGGAUAUCGCACUAUAGAACAUUUUGGAACCGAGAUAGAGAACUUAUUUGCAGAUUUAACGAUAGCUCAGGCAGACGGCGAUGCUGAAAAAUACGAAAUUUUAAAACCUAUUAAUGAGCGAUUCGCAAUACAACGUUUUUCUGACGGUCUAAGAAAUUCAAGACUAAGUACGAUUAUUGCAGCACGCAACUACAAACACCUAAACGAGGCGAUUCAAGCUGCGAAAGAUGAAGAGCCAUGUCAGUUGGGCACCGGCACAGCGCUUGCACAGUUCACCGACUACGUCAACAACAGACUCAACGAGGGUAAGUUCGUAGCUGCGAUAUUUAUUGAUUAUAAAAAGGCGUUUGACACCUUGGAGCACGAUGUACUGCUGCAAGCCAUGCAGGAGUGUGGUAUUAGGGGCCCGGUCAACCGCUGGUUUAAAUGUUAUUUAGAAAAUAGGUACCUCUGCACGACAAUCGAUGGAACAACUGGUGAUGAUGUAAGAGUCACACUCGGAGUACCGACUGGAUCCUUAAAUGUUCUGACCAGGAAAGUGUUCGGUCAAGAUGUAUGCCAAGGUCUUUAA